AUGUCCAACUACGCCCUCUCCCUUGAGUUACCCUGGGUGGAAAAGUACCGUCCCCACAAGCUCGACGAUAUAGUGGGAAAUGAAGAAACCAUCGAAAGACUCAAGUUGAUAGUGCAGGAUGGUAAUGUCCCCCAUAUGAUCAUAUCAGGGUUACCAGGUAUUGGUAAGACUACCUCCAUACAUUGUUUAGCAUACGAAUUGCUUGGGCCUGAACUUUACCAGCAAGCCACCUUGGAGUUGAAUGCAUCGGAUGAAAGAGGUAUUGAUGUGGUAAGGAAUAAAGUCAAGCAAUUUGCCCAGACAAAGAUCUCGUUACCACCAGGCAGACACAAGAUUAUCAUCUUGGACGAAGCGGACUCCAUGACUCCUGGUGCCCAACAGGCAUUGAGAAGAACUAUGGAAAUCUAUUCCAAUACCACCAGAUUUGCAUUUGCUUGCAACCAGUCGCUGAAAAUCAUCGAGCCAUUACAGUCUAGAUGUGCGAUCUUGAGGUACAACAAGUUGGCCGACGACCAGGUUUUGGCUAGGCUCUUGGAGAUCACAGAGGCUGAAAAGGUACAGUACAACAGUGAAGGGUUGCAAGCAUUGGUGUUCACCGCUGAAGGUGACAUGAGACAAGCAAUCAACAAUUUACAAAGUACCGUGUCAGGUUUCGGGUUUGUCAACGAUGUCAACGUCUUUAAAAUCGUCGACCAGCCACAUCCUUUGGUGAUCAAGAAGAUCUUAUUGAGCUGUACAAAUGCCAAAAACAUAGAUGAAGCCAUCGAUUUGUUGGACACCUUGUGGAACAAGGGAUACUCUGCCAUCGAUAUUGUCACACUGACUUUCAAGGUUGCAAAGACAUUGCCAGGUAUAAACGAAAGCAAGCGGUUGGAUAUGAUCAAGGAAAUUGGAUUCGUUCACAUGAGAGUUCUUGAAGGUGUCUCAACCUACUUACAAUUAUGUGGUUUGUUUGCCAAAAUAUGCGAUUUAGCCUAG